UUUGGCUCAGUUUCUGUUUCACUUCGGUGGUCAGUCGGUGGGAUGUCGUCCAUCGUUUAUUUUAAGUUCAAAGCCAAUGUGAAAACAGAUUCUGUCUCGUUUGAUGGGUCUUCUAUUUCCGUAAAGGAUCUUAAAAGCGCUAUUCGAACAAAGUGUUGUUUGUAUUCAACAGAUUUUGACCUCAAACUUGAAGAUACGACUGGAAAAGUCUAUUCCAAAGACGAUGAAUUGAUUCCAAAAUACUCUAGCAUUGUGGUGCGACGUGUUCCUCGUUUGGUUGCGGAAAUUCAGAAGAAAAAACAAUUGGGUCCAGAUGAAUUAACCUGGCGAGAAUUGCAAAAGAAUCAUACUGCUGCAUCCGAAACUGCCAAUGGUUCCAAAUUUGUCAAUUUAGCGGAUUCUGACCUUCCUGAAGAAGAAAAAAUUAGACUAAUGAUGGAGAGAUCAUCGGAGACAUACUCAGAGACAAAUUUUACUGUGCGGGCCAAACCAUAUGGAGUUCCUCCGGCUGCUUAUGUCUGUCAUAAAUGUAAUCAGCCGGGGCAUUGGAUUCACAACUGUCCUGGGGUGCGUGAUAAGAGUGGGAAAGUAAUGGAUGCAAAGUCAGUCAAAAGACCGACAGGUAUCCCACAGGAUUUUCUUCUCGAAGUUGCAGCUGGAACUCCAGGUGCAUAUUUAGGAAAAUCCGGAAAGUACAUGGUGCCUAUCAAAGACGCAGAGGCAUAUGCACAAGGCAAGAAGGAUAAACGACCGUUUUCGAUUGAAGAAAAUCCUCCUUAUGUCCCUCAAGAAAGAAAUCCUCCAAAGCAACUUGUAUGCCCGUUGUGCAAUAAGCUAUUCAGUGACGCAGUUUUAGUAUCCUGUUGUGGAACAACCUAUUGUAACGAAUGCAUCAUGGGUCAUGUUUUCGAUUCCCAAGUUUUGGGUUCUCAUAAGUGUCCUAACUGUGAUGCGGUUUUGGCAGACCACGAGUCAAGUGUAUUUGAGAAUGCUCUUGUGCGAAGUUUGAUUCGUGAUUGGCUUGCUGAUGAAUCCAAAAUCAUGGACCCAGAAGUAGUUAUCCCUGGAGAUAUACCUAAGAUCAAUGAAAACGAUACAACAUUCGUUAACCGUCGUCGCGUACUGAAACCAAAACAAGCAAUGGCCACCAUCCCUCCUGUCAAACUUGGAAGCACAACUGCUCUGGAAUCAAAUCAGGUUCAGAACUCACUGAAGAUGCAGCCAGUUGUUUCAAAAUCUAAUUCUACUAUUAAAAAUGAACAUACUGAUGUACUUUUAAACUUACCCUCUGAAACACCCCAAAGCACAAACUCUGUGACAUUUUCUACUCUUUCAUCUUUUGAUUAUGUUCGUGUUUCUGAAAUGACUUCUGUUGUAACGAACAAUACAAAUGCUACUGUGGUCACAAGUUCUCCUUGUACCACUGUGGUGGGAAAUGAUGGACAAAAUCUGUUACCCAUUGCUUGUCUUUCAAACACACAAAUUCCUUGUUUGAGUUAUGCUAGUUCAGCUGCUGUAAUGCCUACUUUACUCCCAGUUGUUAAUGGUGGUGGUAAUCCCCUUCUUAAUGCGCUUUAUAGUAUACGGUUAGAUGACUUACAGGCUCCAUUGGUUGCUCCCUCUACCAUUUUACCAACCAAUUACGGAUCACUCGUUGGCAAUCCUGAAUGGACAGCUGAGACAGCUUUGGCUGCACCAGCAGCCCAGAGUGCAGGUCUAGUUGAUCCAGUAAUACAAGUCAAUAAUAACCAGGUCGCCUUUGGGCUAAUCCCUGGGCAGUCUAUCCCUGGUACGAUGCAUACAACUUUAUCCGCACCUGUUGAAACACUUAAUGGACACAAAAUGCUUUCAAAAGAAGAGUUCUAUCGGUUGAAAAUGGAAGUUCUCCAUUCAGCUCGUAGAAGGCAUCGUCAUCGUACUCAUUCACGUAGUCCUGGGUAUGUUCAUCGGGCCGAACGACUUCAUGGAGAUUCUCCGCGCCAUCGACGUUACGAGAGAGAAGAUCGAGAAAGACGGUCUCGAUACUUUUCACCUGUUAACUGCGAAAGCGAACGCAGUCGAUGCCGACACCGUUACGCUGAUGAAUAUGAAUCUCAUCGUGACAGAAGUGGAACUCAUCGUCAUUACCAUCGCCCUGCUUUUCUUCAAGAUAUUGACGAUCGGAGACGUUACUAUUCACGCGGCCAUCCACACAGUCCCGAAUACCGAUCCAGGCGGUCGCCGAAACAUUCUCUGUCAAAUAAAGAUGAUUGGUUUGGGUACACCGGUCGGGGCGAUAGUCUGUCUCCUAUCACACACGAAUCCUCAGAUCCACGUAGAUGUCGCGAACCACAUGUUGGUGGUGGACACUAUGAUGAAGUCCUCAGUAGACGUAAAAGAAGUCGAACGCCCUUGUCUGUUGUCCCUCAGUAUGAUGUCUCUGAUCCGGAAUCUAUUGCUAUGCCAGAUAAUAUUCUCGAACGAACCGAGCUCCACAUGUUCAGGUAACUGAUAAACACAAGUGCAAUUAGUCAAAUACGAUAACUGGCUCUUUAGAUUAUUAUUGAACAUUAGUCUGCUCAAGAAAACUGGUCUCAAAAUUACUUCAAAGAACGCACUGUCCAGUUAGAAAAUUGCUAUUUUUUUGCAACUGGAAGUUUUCAAUACUUGUUUCAAGUUAAAUGUAUAAAAUCGUAAACGAUUUUAAAACUUUGAAAAUGAAUUCACCGAAAGACGAACUGUUUACUGAACCUAUCGUUUCUGUGCUAUUUAGUAUUUGCCAGCAAGAUGUUGUGAAUAUUAUUAAAGUUCGUCAAAAUCCUAAACCGGUCAAUGUUAUAUCAUUGUUAAAAACCUGACUACUGGAUGGCUGUUUUUACUCCUAGUAUGAAUCUCUUCACGAACCCGCUGGUGGUGAUCUUGAUUAGAACCUUCUGUCCCACGAGGAGUCGCUUUACCUUCAGACCACUGAACCAUCAUCUAAUUGUAGUCAUGUUUAACUGUGAUCGGUUCACAACAUUGCACGACCACCUUCCAUUGUCUUUGGUAAGUAACUGCCUCACAUGCGAAAUGGUUGAACUCCAAUGAUCAUUGUUUCUCACUAGAACUCUGAAGAUUUCCUCUUGAAGCUAGUCACUAAUAAACAGAUGAUAAUUGUAAGGUUGUUAUAUUUCAUCGAAACCAUGAACUGAUCUAAGUUAGACUACCAAUAUUGUUUGUGAUUACCUCUAAUACUAUUUCAUCAAUAAUUUCUUUUAAAUGUUUUGUUAAUUAUUGCAACAUUACUUUGUUUUUUGACAAAUAUUCGUAUUAAAAACUUGAAA